AUGGCGGACGUUAGUAAAAGCUCUGCACCARUUACCUUAGAAGUAGUUACGGAACUUCUUAAAGUUCAGGAAAACUGUUACAACAGCUUUCUAAAAAUGUUAAUGAAUGAUUUCAACAGUCGUUUAGAUAUAAUAACUCGUGAUAUUCAAGAAAUCAAAAGCAAAAGUCUUGAGUACUCUCAAAGUGACAUCGAUGAUCUCAAGGACAAAGGUAAAACCGUUGAUGAUUUGAACACCAAUCUAAAUACAUUGAAGAAACAAUUUGAAGAGCUGGAAGAUAAAGUGGAUUAUCUCGAGAAUCAGAGUAGGCGAAAUAAUGUAAGAAUUUCAGGUAUUCAGGACGAUCGAAUUGAAAAUUGGGAAACAACCGAAAAGAAAGUCAAAGACCUGCUUGAUUCAAAGUUGGGUUUGGAUGCUGACAAUAUUGUAAUCGAAAGAGCUCACCGUACUGGSAAACCGAGAAGUGGAAAACCUAAACAGAUUGUCGCAAAGUUUCUCAACUACAAAGAUAAAGAACAGAUCCUAAAGUGUAGCAAGAGGCUGAAAGGUACAGGAAUCUUCAUAAACGAAGAUUUCUCGGCAUGUGUACUUCAAAGGAGGAGUGAACAGCAAGAAGAACUACGAAAAGCUCGAAAUGAAGGAAAAUUGCCUUCUUUAAUGUUGAUCGUUUGGUCAUAAAAGGUCGCUAUCCAAGCCAGUUGCCGUCUGCGCCUUUUGGAUUUUUGGGAGUAAGUGCUGGAUAUUACCCAGGUCUAGCACAGAGUCAAAGCACGAUUGGAGAUGAUGGUAACAAUGAUGGCUGAAUUUGUACAUGUUAACUUAGCGCUUUUCAAGGCAAGAUCAAUUUGUUUGACAA